AUGACCGCACCGCCGCGGCAGCCGGCUUCUUUGUCUUAUUGCCCGAGCAUGCCGCCGGAUUCAGCCAGGAUCCCCUCUACACCCGGCCGCGCCAUGGUGAUGCCCGGGCACUCGCAGAUGAUGGCAACUCCUCGGAACAAGGACCAGAGCAACGUCUCCCAGCAGCAUCGUCCGGGGUAUCAGCCAGGACCUCCUGUCGUGGUUGCAUAUCCAGCCCAGCAGAGCAAGGCAGCCUGGACUGGCGAGCUCCCGCGUAUGCCCAUGUCCGCACGCAAAGACCUACACCCCGGCCUUUCCCUGAAUGCUCCGCCACGUCGGCCGCCUGCUUCUCUGUCCUACAGCCCCAGCUUGGUCGUGAACUCCAAUCAGGUCCAGCCUCGGGGCUCCACGUCCUACUGCCCCAGCUUGCUCACAAAUGCAGCGAGAGCUAGCCCGGUGCAUCAAACACGCGGGUCUGCGUCCUACUGUCCCAACUUGGUGGCGGAAGCUGGCCAAACGAGUUCUGGUCAGAACAAUGGAUCGAUGUCUUAUUGCCCCAGCUUCGUGGACGUGGCCAAAGCGAAUUUGGUCCGCGGCCAGAAGGGAGGGUCCUUGUCCUACUGCCCCAGCUUGGCAGUUGAUGUGGCCAAAGCGAAUUCCACCCAUGGCACGACUGCUUCCCCGCUGGCGGGCUGCGAGACCAUGAUCGCCACUCCGAAUUCCAAGGACGUUGCAGCCAUAGGCCAGCAGUACCAUGCGAUGUGCCCCCAGCCCGGGCUGCCAAAUUGCCAGUCUCUGGUCAUUGCAUAUCCGGCCCAGCAGAGACGGCCGAACUGGAUGCGGGAGCUGCCGAAUCUGCAGUUCGCGUCCGCAUACUUCUCGAAGCAGCAUCCAGCGAAGGUCAGCACAGGAAUGCCAAAUGCCGAUGCUGUCCUGGAAGGGCUCGACUACUUGGGAAUCGCGGAUGGCGUCUCAGGCGUGCAUCACCUCGGCUUGACGCCGGAUGCCCUGCCCUGGGAGCUGCUCCGAUCUUGCGGCAAAGGGCUCUUCGCCGCCUCUGCACGCGGCGAGCCGAAGCCGGGAAAGGAGAUGAAACCGUGGAUCACACGCCUGAUCCAGGAGUCCUACGACACCACGACGGAGUUGGGAGCUACGACCAUGCUCCUUGCCGCCCUGAAGGGCCACAGCCUGGUAACUGCCUGCCUUGGCGACAGCGCCAUUCUGAUCCUCCGGCCGGUCUCUGUCGCACCGCUGCGACUGCAGCGGAUCUUCAAGACGGAGCCGGGUCGUUACGAUGAGCGCCGGCCGGUACAAAUCCAGCGUCUAGAAGGUCUGGAUGGAAUUAGUGCGGAGGAGGUCAUCGAAGGUGCCGCGGUCGCGGUCACUCCCAUUCAGCCUGGAGAUUUCCUCAUUCUGGGUACAGACGGCCUGCAGCUCGCCAUGACGGUCCCAUAA